UCACCAGCCAGCCCACUGCAGUCUGCCCUGAAAGUGUAACCCAGACCCAGCGAAAGUAUGGAGUUUUUCCUCAAGUCACCGAUGAAACUUAUACUUUUCACAGCAUGGCUCUGGAGUCUGAUGGACACAUGCAGCCCCUCUGACAUUUGCAACUCCUGUCACAAACAUGCAACAUGUAAACCCAUGAAUAGAUCCAACGCCUGCUUCUGUAACCAGGGAUAUACAGGAGAUGGAACAAGAUUUUGCAACGAUGACGAUGAGUGCCGAAAUGUGACCAACAUCUGCGGGGACAGGGGUAGGUGUACAAACACUGCGGGCAGCUACUACUGUGAAUGCGUCUCUGGAUACAAAUCAACGGGACUGACUGAAUUCCAGCCCAACGAUGGCACUGAAUGCACCGAUAUUGAUGAAUGCAAGUCAGGAGAGGUCUGCGGACCAAACUCACACUGCCAUAAUACAAAUGGAUCUUUCUAUUGCACCUGUCAUCGUGAUUACAUCCCGACUUCAGGCACUAAGGACUUUCAUCCAGAGAGCGGUGUAAGAUGUAAAGAACAUCCCCAAAAAUACUGUCAUGACAACAUCGGAUGCAUAAUUCAGACUGUCAACAAAACGCUUGAAUAUAUGAGCAACAUCACGGAGCCACAAAUCCUGCUGAGAGAAAUUGCCAAGCAGACGUCUGGUGAACUUACCUCAGUAGAAGUGAUCGCAUAUGUUGAGGCCUUGAGUCGGUCUGCAUCAGCACUGGCUGCUGGGAAGAAGGAUUACACUGUCAAACCAUCUGCCAUCAACUCAACUCUUUCAAAAUUAGUAAAAGCUGUAAACAACCUGGUGGAGAAGGAUGAACUGGUGGCUUGGAGCAGGAUGAAGGAAGAACAUCGUGGACAAACCAUCACCAAGCUGCUGCAUGUUGUUGAAGAAAGUGCUCUGUCUUUAGCCAACAGCUACAAAAUCCCAACUGAGCUUGAAAUCAGUGCAGCUGAGAUGGAAUUAAAACUUUUCACCUUUGAUCCACAUCACACAAAAGCCAAACUGACUGUGUCCAUGGGAGGAGAUCAUAUAAGUCUAACACCAAAACCCAGACCAGAGGAGGACAGAAAUGGAAGUGUGUCAGUGGUGUUUGUGCGAUAUGACAGCAUCAGUGACAUCCUGAAGCCAGGCAGCGACCCAGGUGUCACUGACUACUCACGGUAUGCAGAAACAGGGGAAAUCACUGUCAACUCCCAAGUCAUAGCAGCUGCCGUCAAACCUGCUGACGUUUACCAACUUGACCAUGUCGCCUUCACUCUGAGGCACAAUGAGCCCAUCGACACUAAAGCUGAUGUGACGAAAUGCGCCUUCUGGGAGUACGAGGUGGACAGCCUGCAGGGUCGAUGGGCAACCCACGGCUGUAAGACAGUUCAUGUCAACAGCAAUGCAACCACCUGCUCCUGCAACCACCUCACACACUUUGCUAUCCUGAUGUCAUCUGGGCGAGCCAAUCUGGUAGCCCACCAUACCAUCUUGACCCGGAUCACCCAGCUGGGGAUGAUCAUCUCCCUCAUCUGUUUGUUCAUGUGCAUCUUCACGUUCUGGUUCUUUUGUGAGAUUCAGAGCACCAGAACCACCAUCCACAAGAACCUCUGUUGCAGCCUCUUCAUGGCCGAGUUCAUAUUCCUGGUGGGGAUCAACAUGAACACGCAUAAGCUUUUCUGCUCUGUGAUUGCCGGGCUGCUGCACUACUUUUUCCUUGCAGCCUUUGCCUGGAUGUGCAUCGAGGGCAUCCAUCUGUACUUAAUAGUGGUUGGCGUCAUCUACAACAAAGGCUUUCUGCAUCGGAACUUUUAUAUAUUUGGCUAUGGAAGUCCUGCAGUGGUUGUGGCCAUUUCCGCAACACUUGGCUCAAAGUAUUAUGGCACUGAUAGAGUGUGUUGGCUGAGCACAGAGAAUCACUUCAUCUGGAGCUUCAUUGGACCUGCAUGUUUGAUCAUUCUGGUCAAUCUGUUGGCUUUUGGAGUGAUCAUCUACAAGGUGUACCGACACACUGCUGUAAAAAAGCCUGAAAUCAGCCACUAUGAAAACAUCAGGUCUUGUGCUCGUGGGGCCUUGGCUCUGCUGUUCGUUCUUGGUGCCACCUGGACCUUCGGAGUUCUGCACAUUCUCAAUGAGACAACGCUCACAGCUUAUCUGUUCACCAUCACCAACGCCUUCCAAGGAAUGUUCAUCUUCAUCUUCCUCUGCGUGCUGUCCAGAAAGAUUCAAGAGGAGUACUACAGGCUUUUCAAGAAUGUGCCAUGUUGUUUUGAAUGCCUAAGAUGAAUUACUGUAGCUAAAAGUUUACCAUCUGCACUUGUACAAUAAUUGUCAACAGCUCCUGUGGUUCAUGCUUUAGUGUUUCUCUCUUUCCUUCUGUCUUUUUUCUAAUUACCAUGGGAGAGAUUUCUAAUAAGUGUAGCAUUUGUAGCUUAUAUAUAUAUAUAUUUUUUCCUUUCACAACACUGGAAUAAUAUAUGAUAUAUGUUUUUCUUUCAUUUAUAUCCAUUGACUUUCUAUACAAUAAACCAUACAAGUGUA